GAAGGCAAAUACCAUGCCGACAUAUUAGAAGGCAAAUACCAUGCCGACAUAUCAGAAGGCACAUACCAUGCCGACAUAUUAGAAGGCAAAUACCAUGCCGACAUAUCAGAAGGCACAUACCAUGACGACAUAUUAGAAGGCAACUUAUGUGAUAAUACAUAUCAGAAGGUAUAA